AUCAGAAUGAUCGAGGCUCAAGCAGCGCUCGACUUGUACCUCAUGGACAUGCGCAGGAGAGAAGAUCAAGACGCUCAAAACCCUCGACACGCGAGUUCGUGUGAAAAGUUGGGCAACAUUAUCUAUUUCAAGCUCGAUCUGCUGAGCAAAGCUCCAGGCGCUUCGCUGGCAGCAUCCAGGCAGACCUCACAGCCUCAUAGAAGCAGCGAGAACGUUUUCACCAUAUCGUGGAAGGAUCUUCGCAACCAGCUCACGACCCGAGGCUCGAUGACCGACUACUUCAGCCACCCUUUCAUCCAUGCCCGAACAUCGUUGCACUGGGGCAGAUUGAUAGACAGUAUCGACUUUUCUGCCGCGCUGGGAUCCGCGAGGACUUCUAAUGCUAACGCGGACGACAUUUCGGACCAGGGCAGCGAGCAAGAUACAGACCUCAACAGCAGCAGCAGCGACGACGUAGAAAGUGGCAGCUGCGAGGACGAGCUCGCCAUUGGCGAUCGUUGUGACACUUUGAUCGAGUCCGGGCUCGGUCGACUUGGUUUUGACCUUAUCGCUCUCACGCCCGGCGUCCAGCACCUUGCCACAUCAAGUAUAUUCUCUGGCGUACUUCCCAGCAGUUCUGGAAACGACACACCCUCCAUCUGCUCAUUGCAAACUUACUCGCUGGGCCCACGAUCGACCAAGAGCAACUCCGCCUUUCUCACUUGCUUGUCGGACCGUCGUUUCCUCAAGCUGGAAAAGUUGCGUCUCUGCGGACUGACCACUCCAGAUUCUGCGAUGUGGAGCCUCUCCAACAGGAAGAAGAUGCCACAGCUGAAAGAGGUUCAAUGGGACCUGUCCUCUGCGGAGCAUGACUUCAUAAACGUUCAAAGCGCCAUACGACAGCUGCAGGAGACGCUCAGGAGCAAUUCGCCGCGCCUGAUUUCGGCAAUGCUCCGAGUGCUGCAAGAACAGAUGCAAGCUCAACAGGCAGAGGCUGAAGAGACACCAGGCUCGCGGGAGAGAGCCACCGAGGACUCAUCGUCGCUUGCACUCCUUGAGAAGCGUGUCGCAUGGGCAGAGCGCGGUCCUCUUUGGGCCGAGUUUCUUCUUCCUCCUGACAUCAUAGACUCACUAGUUCACGACACCGAGUCGGCAGAAGAGCGGGAAGCCUGGGGCAGCGGUCAAGCCUACAGUACCGACGAGUGUCACAUCAGGCUCGUGCCAAUGGUACCGGGAGACUUCACGUGGGAUAAGCAGCGCGGAAAGAAAAGCAUCAAGGAGCGAGCACUGUUCGAGGACGGCAAGCACUGGUGGGAGGAGUGCGUCCUUAGCAUGGCAAGGUAGCGUGGAGGAGAGAUUGAAGGUGGCGUGAGCGGAAGGAGGGAGCGAGGACAUUCUGUCUGGCCACUUGUUCAGCGUCUUGUUUCCUUUGACCCUCCACGUAGCCGCGAAGCCGGCUUGCGAUAAUCUUGUAC